AUGUCGAGCCAUGAUGAAGACGCCAGUUAUUAUGGCAGAGGCCGAGGCGACGAUGCCGUCGAGGAUGCGCAUCAACAUAAUUCCGACGAAGAAGGCGAAGAUCUCGGUUAUGACCACCAUAUGAACGACGAUGACGACGACGAAGACGAAGAGGAGGAAGAAGAAGACGAGGAAGAAGCCAGAAAGGUGGCUGAAGGAUUCAUUGUCGACGAUGAGGAAGAAGAGGAUCAGGAUUCAGACGGGUCAACCAAAGUGGCCGUGAGACGUAAAAAGAAGAGAAGAGUGGAAGAAUACGACGAAGAUCUCGAUGAAGAAGAUCUGGACCUGCUUGAAGAGAAUACCGGUAUCAAGCUUUCGCGAUCCACCGGCCCUAAACUGAAACGCUUAAAACGCGGUCGUGAGGAACCAAGUCGUGCGGUAACCACUAAAGGUGUCGAAGAUAUCUUUUCUGACGAAGAAGAAGCUCCCGCAGCUCGCCAUGAACCUAGUUAUGACGACCGCGAAAAAGAUUACGCCGAAUACGAAUCGCAUGUCAGAUAUCGCCAUCGUGACACCUACGAUGAUAUAGGCGACUUUAUCGCCGACGAGGAUGAAGACGAUCUCGACGAAGUAUUAGGCGAACGCCGUUAUGGGGCUGGUCGCGACGAAGGAUUAGCCGGCGACUAUUACGAUGAAGCGAGAGGCCGACGCGGCAAAGCCAGCAAAGAUAUGAUGGAUAUUUUACCUCAAGGUUUAAGCGAAGAUGUGCUCGUAGAUAUGUUUGAUAUUUUCGGUGAUGGUGGUGACUAUGAAUGGGCGUUAUACGAUGAAGAGGAAAUGGAAGCACGCAAAGAGAAAGAACCGCAGUUAGCCGAUAUUUUCGAACCAAGUGAAUUGGCGGAGCGCAUGUUAACGGAGCAAGAUGAGGAAAUCCGUUUACGAGAUGUACCGGAACGUCUGCAAAUGCGUUAUAAAGGUUUAAACAAGUCGUUUGAACCGGCAACGGAUGAGCAAGUCGAAGAAGAAGGAGCCUGGGUGGCACGUUUGCUGGCUUCCUCCAAAGGAUGGGAUCAGGCUCCUGAGAAGUUUGUGCGAUCAGUGACCAAAGUUGUCCGCUUCUUUGCACAAGAAUUCCUGGAAGUGCCCCACAUCAAAGACCAUCGUCGCGACUUUUUCACCCAAUACGAAGAGAAGACGGGAGUUACGACGGAAAUUCUCACCGAGAAUGAUUUAUGGGAUAUCUACGACUUGGAUUUCAAAUAUCAGAGCUUCAAGGAACGCAAAACCGCCUUUUCGGAAUUCCUAUCCAAAUGCCAUAUCGACAAUGAUUACGUGAAUGACAUGAUCAGAAAGGUGGAAAAAGUCGAGGAAAUCACCGAUCUCAUGGAUUAUGUCAACCUCAAAUUCAGCGAUAACAUCAAUCUCAUGCAACAACAGAACAAAGGACCCAAACGACCAAUGAAUAAAUCCUUGUAUGAGCUGAGCAUGAAGACAAAAGUCCACGGUUUCCUCAAAGCUUUUGGUAUCUCUGCAAGUCACUUUGGUGCCAAUUACUUGGAAAGCAACCGUCGCCAUUUCCCAGAAGAUAGUCUUAUUGAUCCUAUGGAAGAAGCACAUCGCUUUGUUGAUGACAGUUUCCCUGACGGCACCCGAGUGCUCAAAGCUGCCAAGUCUAUCUUGGCUCAAGAAAUCGCUUAUGAUCCGUUAGUACGUAAAGCGAUUCGUCGUGAUUGGGAAACCAAAGCCGUGGUCAAUGUUCGUCCCACCGAAAAAGGCCUAACUGCUAUUGACGAACUUCAUCCCAUGCAUCCAUUCCGAUACCUGUAUCAAAAACCUUUGUCGGCCUUUAAGGAUGGACAAUUUCUGAUGGUAUUGAAAGGGGAAGCAGAUGGAUUGCUUUCGGUUUCCAUCACGAUGCCCGACGAGGAUGCCUGGUUCAACAAAGUAUCCGAGUAUUACAUGUCCGACGGAUACAGUGAUGCUGUUCAACAGUGGAACGAUCAGCGAAAGGAAGUCCUCGAACAGGCGCUGAAGGAAUAUCUGGUCCCGUUGAUGGAUCGUUAUAUUCGCGAAAAACUUCGUAUCGAAGCCCAAGAUCAUGUGUGCAAGACCGCAUCAAUGACAUUGUAUAACAAGGUGAAUGUCGGUCCUUUCCGUGGUCCUGGAGCCGAAAGAUACAAGGGCAACAUGCCUCGCGUCCUAGCCAUCUCUCAAGGCAAUGGAUUACCAAAAGACCCCAUUAUGGCAGUGUUUGUGAAUCAGCGUGGCAAGGUGUUGGAUCAGAUUCAGGUCCCUAACUUGAAAGAAGAGCGACACUGGAAGGACAUGCUGGAGUUUAUCAAAUCGCGUAAACCCAAUGUGGUGGGCGUUGCCGGAUACAAUGCGGAAACACGUCGUCUGGUGAAACACAUGCAAACCAUGCUGAAUGAGAUCAACCAAUCUGGAGACAUGGGAGGCGCGGCGGAAAUCGACAUGGUCAUUGUAGACGAUGAAGCAGCGCGAUUGUACAAGAAUUCCAAACGAGCGCAAGAAGAAUUUGGAGAGUAUCCCGAAGUGAUGCGUUACUGUAUCAGUUUGGCUCGUCGAUUGCAGAAUCCGGUCUUGGAAUACGUUGGUUUAGGUCGCGAUUUGUUGGCGAUUCCUUACCAUGAAUUGCAACAUCUUGUGCCUGAGGAUAUGCUCUUCUUCUACCUGGAACGAUCCCUUAUUCGUGUCGUUAAUGAUCUUGGCGUGGAUAUCAAUGCUGCCGUUCGCUCGCCGUACCUUGCCAAUGCUUUGCAAUAUGUCUGUGGUUUUGGUCCCAGAAAAGCCCACAGUAUUCUUAAAAAGAUUGAAGCCAUGGACGAACUUGAAAGUCGUACGGCUCUUGUUCUGCGAAAAUUGACGCCUGCCAAUACCUUCAUCAAUUGUGCCAGCUAUUUGCGCAUUCGCGAUAUGGACGGGGCCGAUAUUUUAGACGACACACGAAUCCAUCCGCAGGACUAUGAACUGGCACGAAAAAUGGCCGGCGAUGCGCUUGAAAUUGAUGAGGAUGAAAUGGACGAUUACGACUCCAAGAUCGCCAUUGUUACCCGUCUCAUUCGCGAAUAUCCCGACAAGGUGAAUGAUCUCAUUCUGGACGAUUAUGCCAACGUUCUCGAACAACAAUACCAUGCACCCAAACGACAAGUGCUAGAGCAUAUUAAAAUCGAACUGCAAGGACCUUACAAAGAUCGCCGUCAUCGAUAUGUUCGUCCGACGAUUGAUGAAGCGUUCGUGUUUGUUACGGGCGAAACCCGGCAAGCACUGGCAGAAGGGUACAUUGUGCCUGCGCAAAUCAUGUCGUUGCGCGGUAAAAUUGCCAAUUGCGUCUUGGAUUCCGGUAUUGAAGGCAUGAUUUUCGUGGAGAACGCUUCGGACGAUCGAAUCAUGAAUGUCGGUGACGUGCUUCAAGUCGGCCAAACCGUCAACUGCAAAGUGCUGCGUAUCGAUCGCGAGAAAUUCGUGGUGGAUUUAUCGUGCAAAGCUUCUGAUACAAAACCCAACAGUGAUCUGGAAUUACGUAAAGUACCGGACGAUAAAUACUAUGAUUACAACCAGGAAGCACGAGACAAAGAAAGACAACGAGCGAACCGUCGCAAACAGGCGCGAAAUAACCGCAUGAUCAAGCAUCCACUAUUCCGAUCGUUCAACCAUCGGGAAGCCGAAGAAUAUCUUGCCAACCGACAACGGGGCGAUUUAGUGAUUCGACCAUCGUCGCGUGGCUUGGAUCAUAUCGCCAUUACGUGGAAGGUUGACGAAGGCGUUUUUCAACAUGUGGAUGUCUUGGAGCUGAAGAGCAAUGGAUAUAACGCGCCAUCAAGGCUGAAAAUUGGGGAUCUUGUAUUUGAAGAUUUAGACGAGCUCAUUGUAACAUAUAUCGAAGCAAUUGCACGUAAAGUCGAAGAACUGAUGUCCCAUCCAAAAUAUCGCGUGGGCGGUUUGGACGCGCUACAGGAAUAUCUGGCGUCAUUAACCAAAGCCAAUCCAAAGAUGUCAGCCUAUGGUUUCUGUAUGAGUGAAAAGGCUGGCUACUUUGAUCUCGCUUUCAAACUGAGCGCACAUUCACCACCCAUGCGCUGGGUUGUCAAGGUAUUACCAGAUGGUUACCGAUUGCGCGAUACCUCUUAUCCUACAGCGGGUGAUCUUAUCAAUGGAUUCAAGCGUUUGCAAGCUUCCGAAGCGCGACGUCGACAACGACGACGUUAA